AUCUUCAACUGACUCCCUGAUUUAGCUUCUGAAAAUUUUGGAGACAAAGAUAUAUUGAUGUGGUUGUUGAGCAGAAAAGGAGGUCAAUCUGGGUUUUCAGCAUAUAAUACAGCUGAAGAAGUAACUCAUGGAAUUGAUGCCUCUGGUCUUACUGCCAUUGUUACUGGAUCAUCAAACGGUAUUGGCGCUGAGACUGCGCGUGUACUUGCGAUGGGCGGAGUUCAAGUAGUCAUUGCAGUGAGGAAUUUGGUUUCAGGUAUGGCUGUAAAAGAAACACUAGUAAAGGAAACACCUUCUGCCAAAGUAUAUGUAUUGGAGUUAGAUCUUAGUUCCAUGGCAUCAGUGAGAAAAUUUGUUGCAGAAUUCAAGGUCUUGAGUCUUCCACUGAAGAUACUUAUUAAUAAUGCGGGCACUAUAUGUCCCUACAAGCUUUCCCCUGACAAGAUAGAGCUUCAGUUUGCAACAAAUUAUUUAGGUCAUUUCCUUUUGACUGAUCUUUUGCUGGAGACUAUGAAAUGGACUGCAUCUCAAAGUAACAUUGAAGGAAAAAUUGUCAAUGUUUCUUCUGAAGGUUACAAGUUGGCAUACAGAGAAGGGAUCCGCUUCGAUAGGCUUAAUGAUGAAUCGUGGUAUGUAACUCCCUUAUAUUAUUUUGGGGCAUAUGGGCAGUCAAAACUUGCAAAUAUAUUGCAUGCUAAUGAGAUAAGUAGAUGCCUGAAGGAAGACGGGGUGGAAAUAACUGCAAAUUCACUUCAUCCAGGAGCAAUUGUGACAAACCUUUGGCAUAAUAGUAGCGUAGUUUCUGGUUGGUUAACUAAGGCUUUCGGGUCUAUGAUUGAAAAAAUUUUGGUGAAAAAUGUUAAGCAGGGAGCAUCAACGACAUGCUAUGCUGCACUACAUCCGAAUGUUAACAGUAUAAGUGGAGAGUAUUUUGUGGACAACAGCAUUUCAGUACUAAACUCACACGCUAGAGAUACUGAAUUAGCCAAGAAACUAUGGGAUUUGAGCAUGAAAUUGAUCCAUAAUUGUUGAUAAUGCUUGUGUAAUCCUAUGAUUGCAAGUUAAAGGUUAAGCAAUCUAUUCUAUGAAAGACAAUCUCAGAAGUGUGGACAUAUUUUGCAUGUUUCAUGUGUUUACCUGGUUAAAAUGGGGAUGACUACAAGUAUCCAACUGAAUCAAAUGUGUACCGAGUCCGGUAACAGUUCGUUGAAUUGCUCUGAUUUAGAAAUGUGGUGUGGAUCCUGAUAAAGGGAAUUGGAUUGCUAUGUCCAUCUCUGCUUCUGUUUUGAAGGUUUUCUGGCUCUUUUGACAAACUGAUAGGAGUACCAGCCGUGUUGGCCUGUUCAACUUUCCAAGGAUAAAGCGGUCCGCCAAACGAUGCAAAAGAGUUAACGUACCAGAUAGGUGGCUUUAAUGACAGUGUCCCGACUGUAAUCAUAGAAGAGAUUAUCCUUCGCUUCAUCAAGAACUGAUAUCAACACAUCCAUGAAGUCG